UAUGUCAUUUCAUUUUGCUUAUUUACCAUUUUUGUACCGUCUAUUUACUAUAACAUCUUUAUUAUUAUAUUUAUCAAUUAAAUAUGGCCGUCAAACAAAUUAUGCUUUAGAAAGAUUAAUUUAAAAUAAUAUAAAACAUACUUGAUUAAGUCCUCAAUGAACAAUGGAAACCACUUUGGAUUUUACCAAAAUUUGUCGUGCAUGUCUAUCAGAUACAGGCCCUUUAAAGGAAUUAUUCAUCGUUAGUACCGCUGAAGUGUUUAAGUACUGUACAUCCGUAGAGAUUUCUGAACAUGAAAAUCUCCCAAAGUUAAUUUGUGAAACAUGUUUAGAUUUGUUAAACAAAUUCUAUUAUUUCAAGCAAGUUGUUGUCCGCUCAAAUACUAUAUUGAAACAACAGUAUUAUGGACAAACUACCGAGGGUGUAAAACAUGAUCAAUGCAACAGUGAAAGAAAUGAAUUAUUAGUUUCUGUAAUAGAGCUAAAUGAUGCACAAAUACAUGAGAACAUGAAUAAUGAACCGGAACAACCAAAAGUUAGACGAAGAAGAGCUGUAACACAGUACACAGUGAAGGCUCUUACUGGAAAAGAACGAAUGAAGUGCAUGAAAUGUGGGAAAAACUUUCAGAAAUAUGAGAACUUUGAAGCUCACAUGCGCAGUCAUUUUGGUAAAAAACCCGAUAUCAAGUGCAAAUACUGUGACAAGACAUUCCUGAGCCUUCGAAAUCUGAACAGUCACAUCCGAGUGCAUACCGCAGGCCGCAAGUAUCAAUGUAGCACCUGCAAUAAGUGUUUUGCUUACCUCAGCGUGCUCAAGAACCAUGAACUUAUUCACUCCGGAAUUAAAAGACAUAUGUGCCAUUUGUGCGAUGCCAAGUUUGUACAGGCUUAUAAUCUUAAGAUGCACAUAGAAACGCAUAGCAGUGAGAAGAAUUAUGGUUGUUCUCAGUGUGGUAAGAAGUUCUCGCAGCCCGGCAAUCUGAAGAUACAUCUUAUACGUCACACCGGUAUCAAGAACUUCGCCUGUAAUAUGUGCAAUAUGAGGUUUUAUAUUAAGGCAGAUCUAGUAAAGCACAUGCGCUCUCAUUCUACAGACAAACCGUUCUCCUGUCAACUCUGUGAUAAGACAUUUAAAAGCAGGAGUUUUCAAGCUAUUCAUAUGAGAACACACACUGGCGAGCGUCCUUAUGCUUGUGAUCUUUGUCCAAAGAAGUUUAUGGCUCGUAAAGAUCUAAGAAAUCAUCGGAUGAUCCAUACCGGUGAGAAACCUCACAAAUGUCAGCUCUGCAGUCAAGCUUUUAUACAGAAGUGUGCUUUGAACAGACAUAUGAAAGGUCAUGGUAAGCUCUCCGAGGACACACACAAUCUAAUACCCGGGAAUCAAAUGCAAUUAUUACUCAAUGGCCCAAAAGCACUCUCAUAUAGAAACUGGAAUGGGGAACCUUGAUACUAAGUAUCAAUCAGAAAGUUUGGGAACAUUUAGGGCCUGUCCCACCACUGGCUGAUAGAGGCUCAGAUUGCUUAAAAAUGACGUCACUGUCAGGGAACAAAA